AUGCCACCCAAGCGCAAAGCCAAAGCAUCCGGCGGAUCUGGAACAGCCUUCAGACCAGCCAAACGCUCACGUCAUUCCAAAGGAAACACAAACACUAUCCCCACUGAAGCCCUAGCAGUCUACAUCUUUGGGACCGGCGGCGCAGGCGAGCUAGGCUUCGGCCCUUCUCCUCCCCUGUCCUCCGACGCCGAGUCCCACACGCAGCUCCAGGCCCCUCUUCUCAACCCUGCGCUGUCCGGCGUCGUGCAGGUGUCGACGGGCGGGAUGCACUGCGCCGCGCUGACCACAGCAGGCGGAAUCCUGACCUGGGGCACCAACGACACGGGCAAUCUGGGCAGGAACACGGCAUGGGAGCCCGAGGAUGGUGAGGACGAUGGGCUCUUGGUCAACCCGCUGGAUAGCACGCCCAUGGAGGUGGACGCGAAGUUGUUCGGCGCGGCUGGGAAGAGGCCUGAUUUCGUGCAGGUUGUAGCUAUCGACAAUGCCACUUUUGGGCUCGCAAAGGACGGCAAGGUCUGGGGGUGGGGGUCUUUUAGAAACGAAAAAGGCCUGUUCGGCUUCAUCAAAGCCAAGCUCGACAGCAAACCCAACCCGACCGACGCCGACAAGAUCCAGAUUAACCCUACCAUCAUUCCAGGCCUCCCCGGCAACGUCAAGCAGCUGGCCGGCAACACUGACCACAUGCUUGCCCUGACGCACAACUCCCAGAUCUGGGCCUGGGGUGGCUCAUCUUCCUCUGGCGAGCUGGGCCGCCGAAUCCGCAGCACCCGGUCCGUGAGCCGCUUCAACAGCCUCGUGCCGACGCGCGUUGCCCUGCCCCGGUCCGCCGCCAAGGAGAUCCGCGCCGUGUACGCCGGUCCCCACCACAGCUUCGCCGUCGACGGCGACGGCCAGGUGUUCGGCUGGGGCGCGAACCACUUUGGGCAGACGGGCGUCGUGGUCUCCCGCCAUAAUGGAGCCCUGGGGGUGGCUGAAGACUGCAUCACGACGCCUACGCUCGUUCCCGGCAUGGGCGCCAUUGUGCACAUCGCGGCUGGAUUGCACCACAGCGUCGCGUGUGAUUCCAACGGGAACGUCUGGGCCUGGGGUCGUUGCGACGAGGGCCAGGUGGGGCUGGAUAUUUCGAGGUUGCCGGUGCACAAGUUGCUAGUCGACCAGCGCGGGCGGAGGACGGCGCUGCUUGUGCCGAGCAUAGUGCCGUUGCCGUUGGAGCAGGGCGGCAAGGCGAGGCGAGUGGCUGCCGGCGUGGAUUGCUCGUUUGCGGUGACGGAGAAUGGGAAUGUGUAUGCUUGGGGCUAUGCGGAUGGGUACAGGCUCGGCCUUCAUAGCGAGACCACUGAGCCGGAGCCGAAGAUGCUGAGCCGAGAUGCCAAUAGGGGUUCGAUCCAGAACAAGGUCUUUUCGUGGGCCGGCUGCGGUGGGCAGUUUGGAAUUAUUGCUGGUCCUGUUGUUGAUGAUGAUGAUGAUGAUGAUGAUGAUGAUGAUGAUGAUGAUGAUGAUGAUGAUGAUGAUGAUGAUGCACCGCAACCGAUUCAGGGGCGCAUCAAAUUUGCAGAUGUCGACAAGGCAAAGCAUGGUGCCGCCGAGAAUGAUACCGUGGAUUCUAGCCACAAGGAGAUCGCAGUUGGCGGAAGUCACGCACCGCACCUCGAAAUCACUACUGCGAGAGGCAGCCUUACAACCAGCAAUCUCCAGUCCCUACCAAACGUCAAAACUGCUGACGACCAACAGAGCCACGGGAAUAUCCUGCCUGAUGAAUUCGUCAACCGACAACGCUCCAAACGGAUUAAUCUGCACUAUCUGGUCGAUAACCCCGGUGCGGGCGAAGAUGAUGCCGAUGACUGCAGCUCGGACGGGGGGUCGUAUACACCAGGAACUGACGAGGAAGACGACACGGACGAGUGGAUGAGCGGUAGUGAGGAGUCGGAUGAAGAAAACAAACCGGGACAAAGCGACGAUUCCAGCAGCGACGGCGGUGCAGCACUCCAGUCUUCUUCCUCUCAAAGAGAUCAAGACAAAGAUUACAGCCAGGGAAACAACGAGGACAACAGCCAGUCUAGCGAGAGCGAACCAAGCAGCAGAGGAUCCAGUCGUGGCGAGACGACGCCCAAGUCCUCUUCUUCUGGAAGCGACGACAAUGAGUCCAGCGAACAAGGUACAGAGGGCAGUAGCGACAGCGGCUGUCAAAGGUUACCGCCUUUGCGAGCGGACCAACGCCAUUUUGUAGAUGGAAUGGGGCUGCCAAUCCCGGGACUUGAUGGAAACAUCAAUUCGCACGGGGACGACGACGACGAAGGCAACAUUCACAUUGAGCAAACUACCCGACAAUUGCCAGCUCGGGGAGGGCCCCUUAUUGACGGAAUGGGACUGCCCAUCCCGGGGCUGGGAAGGCACGUCGCCUUGGACGGGGAUGACGAGGACAGCGAGCCCAGUUUGCUCUCUUCCUCCGAACACGACGAGGAAAGCCGUCUCAGUUUUGUCUCAUCUUCCUCUGAGGAAAACGAAGACGAUGAUGUUGAGCAAAACGCCCAACCUUUACCAGCGCGGGAAAGGCCCCUUGUUGAUGGAAUGGGACGGCCCGUUCCGGCAAUGUGGGAAAGUAUCGGCUUGGGCGGGGACAACGAGAACGACGUCGAAGAGCGCAACUCACUCUUCUCCGAAGAAGAUGAGUACAAGGACAUCGACCAAAACACCCGGCCUUUACCACCGCGGGGAUGGCCUUUCGUUGAUGGGAAUGGUGUGCCCGUCCCUGGACGGGGCUACGCACCGGACUUUGCUGUCUAUGUUGACGAAGAAGACGGUGAGGAAUAUGAGGAUGACGGCGGUGCCAAUUUGGAGUAG